UUAAUCUACAAUUUUCGUGAUUCCAAUUAUUUGUGUUUAAAGAAACAAACGUUUGUUUAUUGUGUGAGCUAAAUCCAAUUCGCAGAAUCGACAUGCCAUCAUGCCGUGAAGACGUCGUCUCUGGAGAACCGAAUAACAUAUCGAACAUCAUCAGUGCGAUUCAUUACAACCAGACGAUUCCAUAUCGCCAACAACAGCACCAGGUCGCUGACAACCAACAGCAACAACUGAUAAUGCAGCAAGCACAUCAGCAAACGCCGACGCAACAGGUCCAACCACAUACUGCGGUUGCGGCUCCCGCUGCCAUUGAAGGAACUCAAUACUGGUAUGGCUAUCCAUCAAGAGCUAUACCCGCGACACCCGCGUUACAUCCUCAGCAUCAGCCAAGCUCAAUUCCUCAGUUUUUUAACCAUGAUAUGAUGUCUGGAUGGCACUACACGACUCAGUACUCGCCGUAUAUACAAUAUCAAUCGCCACAUUUACAUUUUCAAACACAAUCGCAGUCGCAACAACAUCAAACGCAAGAACUAGAACAUCACUCGCCGUCUGAACAACGCAUUCAGCCACAUUUGUCACAGCCGCAUCUGCAACAGAACUCACCUCCUGAACAACUCUAUCAACAACCGUCUCCACAGCAGCAUCUCCAUAAUUCGCCGCCCCAACAAGUCUGUCCACAGCAUCCAUCACCGCAUCAACAUUUACAAAAUUCACCGCCUCAACAACUUUGUCAGCAACUCACCACUUCAUCGCCACAAUUGCAACAGAAUUCUCCGUCUCAACAACAUAAUCAACCAAAUCCAUUGCCACAGCAGCGCAUUCAGCAACGGUUACCGAAACACCAGUUGCAAGAAAGUUCACCGCCGCAAUUCUUCCAACAAAAUUCACCGCCACAAUAUCUUCAGCAACAAAUACCAUCGAGGGAACAGGAGUACGAAAUUUCGUACAGACGGGUGUUGAAAUGGGGCAUUAGAAAUAUCGAUAUGGCAUUCCGCAAUCAAUAUCCAUCAACAACGACAAGAAUGAAUGGCAACAUAGACGGAAAUAUGAAUGGUAGUUUAAAUGGCAGUCUGAGCGGUAGCAUGAACGGCAGCAAUAACAGCAACAAUAGCACUUCUCCUACAACACCGCCUAAUUUUCAUACUGUAUCAUACAAUGACUUGUCUUGUACUUCUCGCAACAUGAAUCUAUCAUCCACAUCCGGCAACAUAAAUCUGCUACCUACAGGCAUAAACCUGCCGUCCACAUCUCGAGAUAUGUCAUCCACAUCUCGAGACAUGCCGUCCAUAUCACGAGACAUACCGUCCACAUCCAGAGAUGUACCGUCCACGUCGAGGGAUAUGCCGUCAACAUCAAGGCGUCACCAACUAUACACAUCCCAUAGAAUCCAGGGGAGAAGAAGCCCGUACGAGUGGAUGAAAAGGCCGUCGUAUCAAAAUCAACCUAAACCAGGAAAGACUCGCACAAAAGACAAAUACCGAGUGGUCUACACGGACUAUCAAAGGCUAGAAUUAGAAAAAGAGUUUCAUAUGAAUCAUUAUACCACUAUCAAACGUAAGGCGGACCUCGCUGCUCAACUCGGUCUCACGGAACGUCAGAUAAAGAUCUGGUUCCAAAAUCGACGGGCGAAAGAGCGGAAGCUAAUGAAAAAGCAGCAAGAACAAAUAAGAGAGCGGCAGAUGAGAGCGCAAGACGUUGCAGCGGCGGCCGCGGUAGCGACCUCCACGACGGUGGAGGUGGUGGCUGGAGGUAUGAUGGGUUAUUCCACCGGUGGAACAGAGAUGGGUGGGAUGCUGGGCGGUCUGAUGCAGACCAACGAGAACACUUCUUCCGUGCCUCUUUCAACACCUACGACGUCGACAUCUCUACCCACAUCUUUACCUACGACACUGUCGCAGCCUACGUCGCAAUCGGCGUCGCUGCCCACGACACUGCCUAUGCAAUAUCCAGGACAUUCCAAUCCAAUGUAAAAGUAUCUGCUGCCGAGAAUUCCGAAGUUCUCCCCGGAAGUUCGAACAACUCAUGAGAUGGGAUGAUGCAAAUGGGACGGUGAGGUAUCUACUGUUUAUCGCUUCGAGCACAACGUACAAAGGGUUUUGCGAAUGGAUAAGCGAAUGGAUACCGUAAGAUAAUUAUAAAAUGCGUGUAAGAUGAUUAAAUAUAACUCUCGCACACAACGGCCUGUGAUAAACGACCGUUGUUAAACGGAUCGUUCGUGGAUUACAGAUCGUGGAAAAAAACUUUGAUCUCACUAAUUUCAUCGGGUUUAUGUCCACGGCGAUCCCCGUCAAUAUAACGGUCGUGCUUUCGAUAU